GCUUCAUCCCGUGAAGCCAAUGAACACAACAGCCACUAAGACUGCAAACUCUAGCUUGGGAACUGCUGCCAUCAUCAGUGAAAACCUGAUUAACGAAACCAUUAUGAAGAAAUACCAGCCCUCGGAUCCCGCCUUCGCCUACUCGCAGCUGACCCACGACGAGCUGAUCCAGCUGGUCCUGAAACAGAAGGAAACCAUCAGCAAGAAGGAGUUUCAGGUGCGCGAGCUGGAGGACUACAUUGACAACCUGCUGGUCCGGGUCAUGGAAGAGACGCCCAACAUCCUCCGAGUGCCGGCGCAGACACAGACGGGCAGAAAGGCUGGAAAGAUGUGAGCCACAGGAGAGAAGCCGGCGCCCUGCGCGCUCGUUUCCAUCGAAACCCGCACUCAGGCUCAAUCGCCUGUGUGUGGGCUGGCCAUCAAGAGUUAAUUCUCCUAGUUGGAAACCAGGUUAAUUAUUACAAUGACUCUUUUACUCUCCAUUCCCAGAGAUUUAUUUUUUAAAAUGCCACUGUGCCUUUAACCAAGUUGUAAAUAUAAGAUUUGAACCUGAGCCAUCGAUUCGGGGGCACCAGUGGAAAUAAUGUAUUUUUUAACACUGGGCUUGUUGCCCUUUGAUAACUGAGAUUUUCAUUUUCCAUGAAGCCAGCCUUAGGGUGGGCUGAGAAAGGGCCUGUGCGAUGGGUGCUGUUUCACCUGCUUUCCUGGCCUCUGAGCACUCAGGUGUGGCAGAUGCUAAAUUGUCAUAUCAUGUGAACUUCCAGGGCUCAAGGGUUGUUUUUGGUAGGGGUUUUGUUUGGGGGUCAUUGUUCUGCUUUCAGGAUGGGGGGUUAUAUAACCUGGGCUACUCUUGAACUCAUUAUAUAGCUGAGACUAGCCUUGAAUUUCUGAUCCCACACAUACCUCCCAAGUGUUGGAAUGACAGCUGUGUUUGAUGCCUUUUUAUUGGAGCACAGUUGUUUACAGAAGGCCUCUGGGCAUGCUUCUUAGAUCUUGAACAAACUGCCUUUUCCAAUACCUACUCUAGCCUUAAAAAUAUGCUCUUUGUGGGUGGGGAGACAGUGGAUAAAGUGGAUAAAGCGCUUGCAUGAGGAUCUGUAUUUGGAUUCUCAGCACCUGGGCAAAAACGACAGGAGUGGUGGCUUGUGCCUGGGUAGGGGUUGGGCUCGUGGGUAUUGGGGGGUAGAGACAGGUAGAUCCCAAGGGUUGGUUCACUGACCAGCCAUUCUAGGUGAAUGGUUCAGUGAGGGAGCCUGGCUUGAACAAUUCGGUGAAGAAGCUACCAUAGACCUCUGCCCUUCGUAUACUCCCCCAUAGGUAAGCACACUCAAACACAUGUGCACACACGUGCACACAUAGCGCUUUUUAGAUCCAUAGGGCCAUCUCCUGCAGACGUGACGGAAUUAAAGAGUCGCUGUUCAGGCUGGAGAGAUGGCCCAGUGGUUAACACUGGCAGCUCUUCCAGAGGACCUGGGUUCAAUUCCCAGCACUCACAUGGCCGCUCACAACUGUCUGUAACUCCAGUUCCAAGGGAUCCGACGCUCACUCAUGAACGCAGGCAAAACACCAAUGCACAUAAAAUAAAAAAUAGUAAGAAUCACUUUCCAUUUAUGUACGGGAAAAUGGUCAGAGCCCCUCCACUUGUAACAGGAUUCCUGUCGGCCUGGAUUUCUAGUGCCUGGAGAGAGGACUGUGCUCCAGACGGUUACUGCAGCAGUUCUGGGAGGUAGAGAAUGGUUUUCGGAAGGGUCCUUCGGCCUGUCUUGCUGGCUUUCCUGGAAGGGAGUAGACUAGAGUCCACCAAUUCCUCAAGAUGAAGGAGACUUGGGCUAGGGCUGGGGGAAGUGCUCAGUGGUCGAGCACACCAGCCCCUACCCCACCCUACCCCACACUUCAAUAAUAAGUAAAUAUUGUGAAGCGCUACAAGAUGACAUUUGCUUUUAGACUGCUCCUUCCUGAUUGGGGGCAGUUGUGUUGCUGCUAUUUUGAGACUCCAUGGCUUCAAGCUCUCGUGUCCCCUGCCUCAGCCAAUCCCCAAAUACGGGGAUUGCAGGUAUGUGUCACCAUGCCUGGUAGAUUGCUGUAUUAAAAUAUAUACAUAUAAUUUUUUAUAACUCAGCCCCUUUUUCACUAGUAGAGGGAAUUUUAUUGCUGGUCACCUCAUACUGGAAUUAAGUGUUUUCGUGUUCGUUUCUUUUCUUCCUGGUUGUAAUAAAAUCUCAUCAAAUCUUAACAUCUCUGCUAGACGAAUCACAGGCCAAGUGGGCUGGACAAGGUAGGGGUAGUUGUGGUUAUCAGUGAAGAACCUCUCUGUGUGUGUCCUUACCCUGAAGGUGAGGAGCAUUGGUUAUACUGGAGCACUUUAAUCUGAAGGGCAAGACUGUAACUUGAUUUAUCUGAUAAGCUGUUAAUGAUCCACACCUGUUUUUAUUUAAUCUCUCCUACAAUACUUGGGACCACUGCAGAUUUCUGAGAUUAUUUGUUGUUUUGUUUUGUUUGGUUUUUUUUGUGUGUGUGUGUUAUGAAAUUCGUUAACAUGCCUAUAAAAAAAAACAUAUCCACUUGAACGCUGAACAUGCACAUGUAUACAUCU